AUGGAAAUAGAUAAUUUCUACGAAGUUGAAGAAGAAGCAAGCUCUCUCUCUCUCUCUCUCUCUCCCUCCCCCCCCCCUCUCUCUCUCUUAUCCUCUUCAUCCUCCCUCCUACCUCUCUUUUCAUCGUCACAGUCUUCCCCUGUUUUAUCCUCUUCAUCCUCCCUCCUACCUCUCUUUCCAUUGUCAUUGUCUUCUCCUGUUUUAUCCUUGUCGUCCUCCCUCCUACCUACUCUCUCUACUUCUCGGCCCUUUUCGUGUCAAUUCUUAUUUAAUUGCCUCCGAUAA